AAACAAAUAAAUACCUUACAACAUUGUUUCCAUUUUAAAUCCAAUUUUUAUGAGGUUUUUAAUAAUUAGACAAAUGUAAUAGUAUUUUAUAUACUUGAGCUGUUUUGUGCAAAAAAUCUGAGUGAAAUUUAUGUUUGAACAUUUACUACAAUAGUUAAAACAGAAAAGAGUAAUAUUGUUUAAAAUAACACUUUAUAUACAUUUCAAUUAUGGACGAAGCAAAAUUUUUAUGACAUGUGGAUUAGUUUUUAAUAAAAAAGAUGACUGAAAAACAUCAACAAAAGUUAUUAAGAGUUUGCAGAAUUUGUGGAAAUUUAACAGGAAAAGACUCUCUAACAACUGCCAGUAGGACUGAAAGAAUAUUUAAUGUUUUUAAAAUAAAUACUAAAGAAGAUUGUGUAGAGGUUCAUCCACCACAAAUGUGCCUAAAAUGUUAUUCAACUAUGAAGAAUAUUGAAACACGAGGAAAUAAACUAUCUAAGAUUAAACCAAAAAUUUGGUUAAAAUGUCCAACAAAGGAGUGUAUGUGUAUUUAUGGUAAGGUUGGUCGAAAACCAUCUCCAAAUGUUGGACGGCCAGGAGUUUUUAAAAGAUGGACACAACUAAAUAUAAACUUGUUUCUUGAAUCCUUGCCCUUACCUUUAAACAAAAAAGAAAUUUCUGAAUUCAAUAUUCAGCUAAACCCACAUAUAACAUUAUGUAUUUGUAAAGUUUGUGGGAGGAUAAUGCAUCAACCAGUCAUGAUCAAAGAUUGUCAGCACUCGUUUUGUAGUCAAUGUAUUAUAUCAAUUAUUAAAGGUAAGCUAGAAAAUGAAGCAAGAUGUCCUGUUUGUUUAACCUGCAUUAUGAUUAAUAGCCUUUGUAGUUCUGUUCAUGUAUUGGAGAUGAUUGAACAUUUGUAUAUUGCAUGCAAGAUUUGCAAAAAAAACUUUAUUAAAGACAAGUAUGAAAAUCAUGAGUGCAAAAAAGAUCAUUUAUUAAAUAAUUCCAGCACAAUAGUUGAUGAUUUAUUUAAAGUUGAUAAGUCAAGUCAUAUUCCACGUAAUAUUGAAGAUGCAGUGUUGCAUGUAAUUAAACAAAAAAUGGAGAAUUCAAAAACAACUACAAUUGAAUUUUUAUCUGGUGGCCCAAGAGUAAGACCCCUUUGCUUAACUGUUAUGCCCAAAGCCUACAAGGAAAGUGCAUCUUGCAGUGGUCAUACCUUGAGAAAAAGACACAAACACCUAGUGGACCAAGCUAAUCAUCAAGUUGGAAAUUCAAAAGAUUCACUAGUAGUGCAAACAUCAGUUAUGCUUAAAUCAUUUGAUCACAAUCAAAAAAAUAAAGUUUUAGAAAGUGCUAAGAUUGGAGUUGUUGAGUUUUCUGCUGAAGAAUUGGUUGCUUUUAAAGCAAAUGUAGGGGUACCGUGGAAUAAAUUAAAAACUAUGACUAGAUGGUUAAACUCAAGAAAUAUUAAGACUGCUUCAAACUUUAAACAAAGAGUAGUUGCAAAUACCUGGGCAGGAAAUGAUCUUGUUGUAUUAAAUGGAGAUUUUACAUUUCAAAAUAAAAAUAAUAAGUCAGUUUUUGAAAUCAAACAUGCUCCCUGGGCAUACAUAGACAAUCUACCCACUAAUAUUAAAAACCUGUUAGAUAUUCUUGAAAGUUUUAAGUUAAUAAAACAUGAUGGAAUAAAAAAUGAUGAAAUACACAUAAAAAUUGGAGGAGACCAUGGAGGUGGUUCAUUUAAAAUGAGUUACCAAAUUGUAAACCAAGACCAACCAAACUCAAAAUCAAAUAGUAUUGUAUUAAGUACAUUUGAAGCAAGAGACUACCGAACUAAUCUUAAAGUAGGGUUAUCUCGAUAUACAUUACAAGUUGAUGAGAUACAAAAAAUGAUAUGGCAAAAUCAUAAUGUUCGUGUUUUUAUAUUUGGAGAUUAUGAUUUCCUUUGCAGUGUAUAUGGAAUCACAGGAGCGAGUGGUCGACAUUGCUGUCUUUUUUGUGAUAUAACCAAAGAAAGUAUCCAGUUGGCUCCAAUUAGUAGAGAGAAUGGUGUUUCACAACGAUCUCUAAAAUCUUUAAACAUUGAUUUUAAUCGAUUCCAAAGUAGUGGAGGAAAUUUGAAAAAGGCUAAGUUUUUCAAUAAUGUGAUUAAUGAAACUUUGUUUCACAUUCCUCUAGACCAGGUAGCAGUACCUGCUUUACAUAUAUCUUUAGGAACCUAUUUGAAGUUUUUUAACAUGUUUGAAGAUGAAUGUCACUUGUUAGAUAUCAAACUUGCUGGAGAGCUUGCACUAAAAAAUAAUACAAUUGGUAAAGAUGAUUUUGACAAAUACAUUAAUAUGCAUAUUCAAUCAAAUCUUAUAAAAAGUGUUAUUGAGGACUGUGAUAAUAAAAUUACACUUUUACAAGACACAAUUUCAUUAAAAGUUUUAUGUGAACCAGACAGAACAGAAGAAAUAAGGAAAGUAUAUGCACCAAGAAUACUUUACUAUGAUUUAAAAAAAACUGAUAAGAUGAAAGAACUAAAUUCAUUAAAUGAAGCAAACAUUCUUGAUAAAAUUUCAGGUCCCUGCAUUCAGCAACUUGAUGAAAUUUUAAAGGCUAAUCAGGUACAAAGACAGGCUUAUCAUGGGAAAUGCUUUGUUGGAAACCAUGUUCACACAAUGCUUAAGCCUCAACCUUUGCUAGAUUUGUGCAACUCUAUUCCAAAACUGAUUUCAAAUCUUGGUUUUAUUGAUACAGAAGUUCAUUUACUCUCAGUUAAUGUGAGCCAAAAAUUUAAACAGUUGUUUCAAUAUUAUUCCAAAUGUCAUAACUUGAUGAACAGCUCACAAUCAUUUCAAGAAAAUGAUGUUCAGGAACUUGAAUCAGCAAUCUGUAAUCUUAUGGAAUUUUAUAGAUCAACUUGGCCAAAUGCAUCUGUAACUCCAAAGAUGCAUUUGCUUGAAACACAUGUUCUUCAAUUUAUUCAAAAAUGGGGAUUAGGCAUUGGAGUUUAUGGAGAACAAGGCGGAGAAAGUUUGCAUGCUGAAUUUAACAAUCUUAAUCGUUUGUUUUGUCAUAUGAAAGGUUGUAGCCGCUUGAAAAGCAUGGUGAAAGAACAUUAUGUAAGAAACCAUCCAAAAGCUAAAGCAAUGAAGCCAGAAAUUAAAAAAAAAAAAUUUUUUUGAUUUUUAUGUGUGUAUAUAAUAUAUAUAUAUAUAUAUAUACACAUACAUAUACACACAUUCAACUUUGUUCUGAGUAUCAGAGUGUUCUGGUAAACACAUUAUAAUAUUCUUGAUUUAAAACGUGCACGCAUUGUAAGUUUAAGGUUAACUUGAACUUUAUGUAAGGCUUUCAGAGUAGAAAGUUCUUCCAUUAAAAAGCUAAAAAAACUACGCAAAAAAUGUUACCAGCCUGCCGUUAAAUGCAGUUAACUUUUUUUAAAAAAAUGACAGGUUAAAACGAAAGGCAUAGAAUUUUUAGGCAUGAUUUAUAGAAUUUAAAACAAUUGAACUUUUUAGUCAAAAAAUUUUCAAACAAAAGAUAUCCCUCUAGUUAGCUAACAGAUAUUUUAUUUUUUUUAUCUAAAAAACCUUACAU